AUGGAUUGCUCAGUAUGCAAUCCACCAUCGAUUCGACAUAAGGUGGAAUCCCGUGUGCUGAAAGCUAUACGUGCAUGGGAUAGGUUCCCGGCCGACAAAGAAGCGCUUCUGAAGCUUGAGGCGGAGUUCACCAAGGACUUGGGUUUCGAUUCCCUCGAUCAAGUGGAAAUCAUGAUGGCGGUAGAGGAUGAGUUCGGUUUCGAAAUUCCUCUCGAAGAUUCAGAAAAACUGAAGAGUCCUCGCGACGUAUUCAAAUAUAUUUGUGAACGGGAGGAUGUGUAUGAGUAG